UUGCAGCGGGGAGGGAGCUCGUGCCUUGCAGGGACUGCACUAAAUGUUUAAGCCGAAAUGGAUCCAUCCAUGACUUUUCGGAAGCUGAUUUCUAAUGAAUGUUCGCCGGGGUCUGAAACUCAAAUGAUCAGUACGAAUACCGUUGGAUUCAUUUAAAAGAAUUUCUAACCGAACUGUGUUGGGUUAAUAAAACCCAACAAAAAAUAAAAGUACCUUGGCCUCACCCACCCUGUGUUCGGGAGCAACGCGUCGUUCCCUCUGUUUCUUUACAAGAUUCCAUUUUUUGCCUUCCUCCCGACCUUAGAGCUUCCUAGGAAAGGAUUCGUUGAGAAAUCCAUUCCGCUUUUUUCAGUCCGCCAACCAUCACUUACUCUCGGGCGGAGGAGACUGUCUCUAGCCGAUGUAUUUAUUAAUCGGUGCGACCCCCUGAUUGGCAAUUUACAGACCUCCGGGUUCAAGUCUGUUUUGGAACAAGGAUCCUGGCUGAGUGACGCGCCGCCUAGCUCACUUGCGCACAAUCCCGACCGCGGAGAUGAGACAACCGGCAGACGAGUAGCUCUUCGAGAUACGAUGCUAGGGGAUCUUAUAUGGAGACGUGAGCAUUGUGGGGUGAAUGUUAUAGGUAUUAAGACGAAAACAGUAAUGAUGUGAAUGGUGGGAAAUGUCAGUCCAAGGAGCCGAGUACGGCGAUCUUUUUUCUUCAGAAGCUCGCUGUCCUUCCUCAUCAUAUGUCCGUUUUGCCCUGGAUCUUUUGGAGACACGGAUCGUGGGAACUUCUGAGCGACAGGCACCUGAACAAGGAAUCUGACCGUUAAACUGGAUAUGAGGACUCCAUGUUCACGUUACAAUGGGCAGACCGCUCUGAUCGCUGUAUCUUGGGAAAAUGUUCCCGUAGCGCCAUAGCCAAGAAACCGUUACGUACUGAAGUGCGCAUUAAGCAACGCGAUCUGCAAGACAGGAGCUUCAUUUAACAAAAAUGCCGGCCGCAGCUGGAGGUUCAUAGAAGGACCAUAAGAAACUCCAAUGUUUACAUCGUUUAGUAGAAAUAAACUAAAACCAUUUUGUAAUUUCAUUAUGUAAAGUGCCAUUCGGUACGCUGAACUUGAGGACCAAUUUCUUUAAUUCCAGCUAGUCAGCACUAGUAUAAAAACACAAGACAGUUAAUAAUUGGCGUAGAAAUUAUUUUGUGUCAGGUAUAUACAAUAUUAACUGAUGAGUGCAAUGCACAUUCAGUUUAAAAAUCAGCGGUCAGAUGUAGCAUGUAAAGUUAUCUGCUAGUCUAAAGUGGCGCGGCGACCGAGUGCCGAUGGUGCGAGUGGUUCACGCCUUCUGCAAGGCACCUCAGCAUUUAUAGAGCAACGACCUGCCGACGGCACAAUUAAAGGUUCACAGGGAUUCAUUAAGAUGGUUAUGUUUAAGCAGACAUGGAUUAAUCAAAAGUUAAUACAUCAUAAACAAAAAUGUAACAAUUUCGAUUAAUGACGUCAUCACCAAAGUUAACAAAAAAACCCUGCCUCCUUCGGGUAGAUCCUACUAAGACUACAUUUUGAAUGUGCAUCCCAAUCUUUGUUACGCAGUUAUUGGCAUAUUUUAUGUUAGUCGACGGUCAUCUUAGAUGCUGGACUAAUCACUGAUUUAAUUGAUUUCAUAUUUCUCACAGUCUGAGAUGCUGAAUUCUUGAAUGCCUCCCGUGCAGAGGAGGGAACAUGUUAGGAAGCCACGCUCACCUGCGGACCGGUUCAACUAAUCUGUGAGAGACUCUCAGUAAACGCGAAACACGCAGUUGACAGCACAAGCUCCUCAGGCUUGAGACACAAUUUGAUGGCUUUUAUUCCAAGAAGAUGGAGAAGUUUGCUUCUGCUGAAUCUGAUGGUCGCGACGGGGUUUAUGAUUUUCUGGACCAAGUGCAAGUCAAGGACAGUCAAAGGCAUUGAACAAGAGAUUUCGGUGCAGCCCCGGAAAGAAGUCCACUCGAACCUGACACUUCAGGGACCCGGGGCUCUUCAGGACACCGUGCUUAAGAGGCUUUCCUUCCUGGAAGAAGUGGUCUACCGGCAACUCAACGGGCUUUCAAAGUCUCUUGGACUUAUUGAAGGCUAUGGUGGCCGUGGGAAAGGAGGCCUUCCUGCUACCCUGAAUCCUGAUGAGCAGUUGAAAGCCAAAGACAUUGCAGAGAAAUAUGGAUACAAUGCUUUCCUCAGUGACAGAAUAUCACUGGACAGAUCUAUCCCAGAUUUUCGCCCUAGCAAGUGUAAAGAGCUCACCUAUCGAAAGGAUCUGCCACAGCUUUCACUGAUCUUCAUCUUUGUGAACGAAGCCUUGUCUGUGAUCCUGCGCUCUGUCCACACAGCUGUCAACCACACUCCUGCCCACCUCCUCAAGGAAAUCAUCCUGGUGGACGACUACAGUGAAGAUGAGCAGCUGAAAGCUCCACUGGAGGAAUAUGUCAACAAGCGCUAUCCUGGCCUGGUGAAAAUUGUCCGAAAUACAAAGAGAGAGGGAUUGAUCAGAGCCAGAAUUGAAGGAUGGAAAGCAGCCACUGGGGAUGUCACAGGAUUCUUCGAUGCACAUGUGGAGUUUACACCUUUAUGGGCUGAACCAGUUCUUUCCCGUAUUAAAGAGGAUCAUAAACGGAUAAUUCUCCCGUCGAUCGACAACAUCAAGCAGGACUCAUUUGAACUUCAACGUUAUGAAAAUUCUGGGCAUGGCUACAACUGGGAGCUCUGGUGCAUGUAUAUCAGCCCUCCAAAGGAGUGGUGGGAUGCUGGGGAUGCGUCCGCACCAAUUAGGACUCCAGCGAUGAUUGGCUGCUCCUUUGUGGUGAACAGGAAAUUUUUUGGAGAAAUUGGUUUGCUUGACCCUGGAAUGGAUGUGUAUGGAGGUGAGAAUGUGGAGCUGGGCAUCAAGGUCUGGCUAUGUGGAGGAAGCAUGGAAGUCUUGCCUUGUUCAAGGGUGGCACACAUAGAGAGGCGGAAAAAACCAUACCACAAUAACAUCGGCUACUUCACCAGGAGGAACGCCCUGCGAGUCGCCGAGGUCUGGAUGGAUGACUACAAGUCACACGUCUACAUGGCUUGGAACAUGCCGAUGGAAAAUCAUGGAAUAGAUAUUGGUGACAUCUCUGAGAGGGUGGUCUUAAGGAAAAGUCUGAAUUGCAAGAAUUUCCAGUGGUACCUCGACAAUGUCUACCCGGAGAUGAGGACGUAUAAUAACACAAUUUAUUACGGGGAGCUCCGCAACAGCAAGGCAAACCACUUGUGUGUCGAUCAGGGAAUAAAAGACAAUCACACCGCCAUCCUGUACCCAUGCCAUGGAUGGGGACCACAGCUUUGUAGAUUGACUAAGGAAGGCUUCCUGCAUGUGGGAUCCCUGGGAAGUACGAGGCUUAGCGAGGACACACGCUGCCUGGUAGAUGAUGGCGCCAACAAGUUCCCUCAGCUGCUAAACUGCGAGAAGAUCAGUAAUGUCCGACAGAGAAGCUGGCACUUUAAACAGAACGAGUCAAUUGCAAAUGUCGACUCAGGUCGCUGCCUCGAAGUGGUGCCCUCAAAAGCCGGCUUUGGCUUUGACCUCAUUCUACAAAACUGCACGGGACAGAAGUGGAACAUUAAACACAGCAUCAGACAAUGGCAGUAGAACUUUCAUCAACACAUCCUCUUUGCCUCAUGUUUCUGAAUUUUAUUUUUCUAUUCAGAUGGUAGCAGAAACUGGACUCUUUACUGGAAAAUGGGUGCUUUUUUAAAUUUGACAAUUGUAUUUGUGGGAAAAGAAUGUUGGGGGAAAAUGUAUUUAUAAUGGUGUGGAAACGAUUUAAAAAAAAGUGCUUCAGUGUGUAUCAGCUUGGAUGUUGGACAAAAUAAAAAAAAACUAUCAAACAUGGCUGUGGUGGAAGAAUGCAUGCAAGAACAAAACCCGGAGAGACAAAUUGAGCCUCCUGUCAUUCCUUUCACUUCUGACAAGGAGCAAAGCAAGCAGAUGCUCUUGGCGGCCACCCCUCACAAUGCUGUGACAAAAUGAAUGUCAAUACAGCAGUGACAACUACCACCUGACUGGAUGGCACCUUGACACAGAACUGUCAUCAUUUUUGUAUGGAUGUAAAAGGUCAAAACAAGGCAGAAAAGCCCUUCUUAUAAUGCCACUCUUCAGUUUUACAAACUGGCCUGGCUUACUGCACCCCAUUUAGAUGACACAUCUCAUAUGGUGCAGAUUGACAUUUCAGGUUAACGUUUCACCCUAAUAAGAUGAGCCAUUUAAAAAAUAUAAAAAGAGCACCACGAUCAUUCUGGUCCAUGGGACGCAAGGCCUUGGCCAAGCCGCACAGGUGCUCUGUAAGUGUACAAUUUAUUGUUACAAAAUAUUUACUUCUUCUGCUUCAAUAGGAUAGAAAACCCAGGUGAGUGUUAAGAGUGGCACCUUAAAUGACACCAUCUCAGGCUAUUCCAGUGGUCAUAGCGUCAGGUUUGGUGCAUUGUGCGCUGGUGUGGUCAAGCAGCAGCUGCAGGCCCAUUGUGGAUAUCUGAAAGAGGGACGCUAAGGUAAGAGAGAAGGCUACACAUAGAAAUGAGGUUCUGUCAAGCCUUUGAAAAAACAUUACUGCUGGCAAUAAUAAAACAACUUCAGAUUAUCACAGCAGAAAUAAGGUGAAAACUCUGGAUGGGACUCCCAGCUUAAAAUCCACUCACCUGCUGCAUGGCUGCUAGUUGUCCUCCAUAAAGAAACAAAAGCACGACUCUUCAGGUCCUUAAGACUCCUGAACCUGCCGACACAUCCGGCUUCAGGAAUGCUGAAAGUGGCUGUGCUUAUCAAAGAGUAGAGCAGAAGCAGCUGCUUACAGUUUGUGAAGUAUGGGUUUCUCAUGUCCUACUUUCCAGAUUCCAUUGUUUUCAGAUACACACAGCUGUCUCAGAGCUGCUGAGUUUGUCUUCCAAUAAAAAAUUCCAACACGAGA